UCCUGCAUGACCACUCAAAGUGACAGUAGCGAUGGCUGGGAACGGGAGACAGCUGCGCUUGGUGAGACCCCGUCUCCACACUCGAUUUGCCAUGAAAAACUAGAUGUUCCACGAGAGUUUGGCCUCGGGUCUAUGUGUGAAGAACUUUUGUGAAUGAAUAAGUUGGCCGGCCACUUUCAAAAGAGUUUGGUAAGCUGGCAGUGCUGCCAGGAUUUGGGAACGGGGGGAGCGGGGAGGGCUCCUGCUGCCUUUGGGAGGUCUGUAUGCUUUCAUCGCACUCAAACUGUGGCACCAGUGGCCGCUGGAUAUUGAUUUCUUUAGAUAAGUUUGCCUACUUCAGUCAAGGGUCAUAGACUUGAUAUAGAACCUUAGUCGAUGGAUUUGCCGCCCUCAAUACAACAUCAUUUUAACUGUACUUUCUCUCUAGGCUAGAAAUCGUGAAGCAUGGGUGACUGGAGCUUUCUUGGGCGGCUCUUGGAGAAUGCACAGGAACACUCGACUGUGAUCGGCAAAGUCUGGCUGACGGUACUCUUCAUUUUUAGGAUUCUAGUGUUGGGAGCGGCGGCCGAGGAGGUCUGGGGCGAUGAGCAGUCGGACUUCACCUGCAACACGCAGCAGCCCGGUUGCGAGAACGUCUGCUAUGACGAGGCCUUCCCCAUCUCCCACAUCCGCUUCUGGGUGCUCCAAAUCAUCUUCGUGUCCACGCCGACGCUCAUCUACCUGGGCCACGUCCUGCACAUUGUUCGUAUGGAGGAGAAGCGGAAAGAGCGCGAGGAGGAGCUGCGAAAGGCCAGCCGGCUCCAGGAGGAGAAAGAACUCCUGUAUAGAAACGGAGGGGGAGGGGAGGCUGGUGGACGGGGUGGGGGCGGCGGCGGCGGCGGUGGCAAAAAGGAGAAGCCGCCAAUCAGAGACGAACACGGCAAAAUCCGCAUUAGAGGUGCCUUGUUGCGCACCUAUGUGUUCAACAUAAUUUUCAAGACCCUGUUUGAAGUGGGGUUCAUUUUAGGUCAGUAUUUCCUCUAUGGUUUCCAAUUGCGGCCCCUGUAUAAGUGUGCACGGUGGCCCUGCCCCAACACGGUGGACUGCUUCAUUUCCCGGCCCACGGAAAAGACCAUCUUCAUCAUAUUUAUGCUUGUGGUGGCUUGCGUGUCCCUUUUGCUGAAUUUGUUAGAAAUCUAUCACCUCGGAUGGAAGAAGGUCAAACAGGGCAUGACCAACGAGUUCGCCCCCGAGCGCGAGUCGCUGCCCGACGCGAACGAAGCGGAGCCCGAGUCUCCCAGAACUGCGCCUCCUACCCUCAGCUACCCGCCAGACUACACGGAGGUGGCAGUGGGUGGCGGCGUGUUCCUCCAGCCCGUGUCGGCACCCUCCACGGCCGAGUUCAAGAUGGACCCUCUGCGCGAGGAGCUCGAGGAGUCCUCGCCUUUUUACAUCAGCAACAACAACCACAGGCUGGCUGCCGAGCAGAACUGGGCCAACCUGGCCACCGAGCAGCAGACUCGGGAGAUGAACGCCGCCUCCCCCUCCCCUUCCUCCUCCUCCUCGUCUCGCUCUUCCAAUAAUGGGCGGCAAGCCAAAGACGCCGCUCAGCUCGCUGACACCCCCACCUCUGCUGGCGGCGGUUUGAGCUCUGGGCCGGAGGAGGGGCACGUCACCACCACGGUGGAGAUGCACGAGCCGCCCGUCAUUUUCACUGACGCUCGACGACUGAGCAGGGCUAGUAAAGCCAGCAGCGUGAGAGCGAGGCCCAAUGAUCUGGCGGUGUAGUGGCUCGCCACUCCGAAACGCAAGUUUUUGUGGACAAAAACACAAAGAAAUACACCAAAAACAAGAGGAAGUGAGAGGCAGAUUGCUGGAAUGGAAAAGUUCAUUCCAUUCAUAAAGCGAGCGAUGUAAAAUCGCAAAGAGCUCAUUCAUCUCUUAUGGGAUUAUGAAAGAUGGCUGCUGAAUGCUGGUUAGUGUAAUGCAGUAGUUGAAUGGAGCAGCCCACCUGAUGCACGUUAUGUUUUACCUGAAUCUGGAGUGAUUCGCUGAAAAAUGUCACCUAAAUUAGUCAGACAAGGCCUUAAAGUAGGAAACUCAUAUUUACGAUAAUUCCGAGGCAGCAUAAGUCUCAUGAUAUAACAAAGGCACCAAACAUAAAAUGUUUGCAGUGCGAUAAUACAGGUUACUAACAACAAAACUACAUUUUAAAUACAACAUAAAUACCGUCUACGGUUUAAUUGAGUAGACAAUGACACGACUCUCAUGUAUUAUCACGUACUAUAUUUUUUAUUUUGUUUCAUUUAUUUUUUAAACCUGGAAUAGAACAGGCAAAAAAUGAGCAAUGAUUGAAAAAAGUAGUUAAAGUUGUCAAAUUCAUAAACCCUUUUCUUUCUUUUUUUUUAAGUUCUCUUUGUUGUUCCAGCAUCUGUCUCUACAUUUCCUCACUCUAAAGAGAAAUCAAAGUGUUGGGGAAGAAAAAAAAGAAGUAAAAAGCACAUUGCCUGAUGAAAGUGGCAAACCUUAAUGCAUAACAGAGAAAAGGUCAUCCAUACAUGAAAAAAUGAACAUAUACUGAGGCAAGUGACAUAUUUAGAUAACUGUUGUACUACUGAAUGGUGCAGUUUUAAUUCAUAUAGCUUGUGUAUUCUCUGGACCACAUUUCUUUUUUUCAAUCCCAUGAUCUGAAGUUCACCUCCUGCUCCUCUGUUGGAUUUGAGAGUUUUGAUAUAUGACCAUCUUGCCAUCAGGAAUACAUGAAGUACACUUUUGAAGUAGUUAAUCUGAGGAGGGGAGUACUAACUCUCAUUACAUGUGACAUUUGAAAUCCUUAUUGGUUUUUAUUUCGAAAAGUUUGAGCAUUUUUAUUUCUAAAAAUGUAAGCAAUUGGUUGAGAAUGAGUAUAAAAAUGUCAUCAAAAGCAUUGCUUUUCUGUAGUCAGUUCGUGGUUGCCAAAAAAGUAGUUACUUCAAAAUGGACAAAAAAAGAUGCUGCAAGUGUCUAAUGCUAAUAUGAAGUUUAUCCCCCUUUUUUUUUUUUUUUUUUUUCCCUUCAUUGUUGGUCCAGUUUCAGGUUACUGUGAGGCCCUAAUUUUCACUGACUACUACUGCUGUUGUAUAGAACAUGCCUUCGGUACACAUACUGUAACAACAUGACAGCACAACAUGAUUUUAUUUUUAUUUUUUUAUUUUCUUGAGACCCAUUUAAACACGAUGUACAAUGCUUUUAUUAUCAGGUAUAUACUUCAGCAAUCUAUUUAAAGAGACAGACAGCCCUAAAUAGAAACGGUACAUCAUCACACAGAGACUGUGCAAGUUUGUGCUUAGGACAGUAUUACUUUUGCUUUUAUCAGAUCACAGUAUUUACAGAUGUAUGUUAUUUAUUUUCUGCUGUUUUAAUGUAUCCAAAAAUGAAAGUGUGUUAUUUUGUCAUUUUUUGGUUCUUAAAGUUUACAUUUUAGUAAAAAGUUGAAGAUUUGCACAUUUAGGCAAAAGACACUGUUCAACAAUUCUUACAUUGAUAGAAAGGAGGAAAUAUUUUUGAUCCUUAAAGGAAAAUGUCUUAAUGGUAAAAGUCGUUGUGUUGAUGGCAGUAUUAUUCCACUUAAAUAACAUCAAAUGUAAUUUAUAAAACAGCACUUGUAGAGUAUAAGAAAUAUACACGUUUCCCAUGUUUUAUUUUAGGACUGUUGUGGUGGCCUGAAAGGACCGCAGGAAAUUUGAACAUUGUGGAUUAUAGCAUUUCAUCGAUUCUGAAUUUGAAUUGGCCAGCCAGCCAGCUCUUUCCUAUCUCGAUCCGUUUGUAGUGUACUUAGUUGCAGCCCAUUAUUCUCAGAUAACACUCAUUUCUUGAACUUCUUGAACUGAUUUUCUCAAGCAGAGCUGAUUAUUCUGACCAAUCAGGGAAGUGAACCACCUACAUAUGCUCAGAACAGCAGCCUGUUUCGAUGCUGUCUUAAGAGAAGUGCCUUGUGUAUUCAAUUUUAUAAGAACAAGUUGAUGUAAAUGUUCAUUUACCUCAAAUGUUUACAAAGCUGUUACUAAAUAAACUUUUUGUACCAUAAA